UUCACAGAUGAAGACACUAAGAGCCUCAGGGACACAGCAAUUCUUGUGGGAGCCAUGAAGUUGAACGAGAGGAGUGUGGCCCACUAUGCGCUGAGCGACUCCCCAGCAGACCACACAGGCUUCCUGCGUACUUGGGGGGGCCCAGGGACCCCACCUACCCCCAGUGGCACUGGCCGAAGAUGCUGGUUUGUUCUCAAGGGCAACCUGCUGUUCUCCUUCGAGAGUCGCGAGGGCCGGGCCCCGCUGAGCCUGGUGGUGCUGGAGGGCUGCACAGUGGAGCUGGCUGAAGCCCCAGCACCCGAGGAGUUUGCCUUCGCCAUCUGCUUCGAUGCCCCUGGAGUGCGCCCACACCUGCUGGCAGCAGAUGGACCAGCGGCCCAGGAGGCUUGGGUAAAGGCGCUGUCCCGGGCAAGCUUUGGCUACAUGCGCCUGGUGGUACGAGAGCUGGAGAGCCAGUUGCAGGACGCCCGCCAGAGCCUAGCCUUGCAUCGCCACUCAUCCUGGAAGGCCAUUUCCAGCCGCUGUAAGCCCCAGGCUCCUGACUGUUGGUCUCCAGGCCUGGAGAAGGGCCACUCCCUCCCCAGAGACUGCAGCCCCAUGGCUUUAGUUGAAGGGGGCAGCAGGUCAGGGCGAGGGUUGGCUGAGUGGGAGUUGCAGGGCCCUGCCAGCCUCCUCCUAGGCAGGGGGCAGAGCCCCGUGUCCCCUGAGACCUCUUGCUUCUCCACCCUGCACAACUGGUAUGGCCAGGAAAUUGUGGAGCUGCGGCGGGGGUGGCAGCAGAGGGCCCGGGGGGAGCCAGGCAGGAUGUGAGGAACAGGUUAGGCCCUGAGCCUGGGCCUUUUGAGUUUUGCCCCUGUCCUGCUGGUCAGGACACCAGGGCCGGCGUUUUUUCAGCCCAAUCUGAAAAAGUUAAAUGUUAACUCAUUUCCAAAUUUGCUUUUGGGGAGUGUUUCUCUCCUUGCUUUUUAGGCAUUCUCCAGGUUCCAGAUCCAAACUUGUACCUGGAGGGGACUGAGGAAUCAUCACAACCAUCCUCUUUAUUUUCUGAGACACAGAGAGGAAAGGUGGCUUGCUCAGAGCCACGGAGCAAGACCCAGGUCUCCUGACUGUCGUGGACUGCCCCUCUCUUAGGGGAUGUUAAUGAAACGGAAGAAGUGGGAACUGUUGCAUGGCCACAGGUCUCACUACCUUUGACCCACACACCAGAUUCUAUAGCACCGUUUCCAAUGUGGGGAGUCUUGUGUCAUUUUAAUACCAGAAGUUAGCUGUAGUAUUGGCUUGAGGGGCUGACAUUGUCAGAGAAAGUGGAUUUAUUGUUUCAUGGGGGUUUCUGGGGCCCAGCUCUUCCUGAGAGGGGUGGGAAGAUUGGGCAUGGGAUCCCCACCCUGCAGUUUGGGUAGGACCCUUUGGAGGAGAGGGCCUGCAGCCAAUAAAGGGAUUUAUUCUGCUCAGAAAGUGUUGGGGCCCCCAGCCUGUCUCCCUGGCUGCCCUGUCAACAGAUGGUGCUGGGUAUUGCCCCAGGAGGGUCUGGUGGCUUUUAUAUGUCAGCAGAAACCCCUGCUGUACUCUGUCCUCAGCAGCCAGCUCCUGGAGCUGCCAAGUGAGAAGUUAAAGAAGUGGGAAGGCAGUGUGGCUUCCUGGGGAAAGCCAGUUUCUUACUUUGGUUCUCAGUCCUGGGCAUUCUAGGAGCUUGGACACAGGAUUCGCGGAACUUUGUGAUAAACUCUUCUCCACUGGCUGGGCUCCCAUAAAAGUGUUCCUGCUCCUGAAGAUCUGCUAGUGAGACCACCUCGGAACUCUUCACAGUCCUGCUUGUCAUCCAGGGUGUA